CAAUGACUUGAAGGCAUUAGAGGAUGUCCUCACCCGCUCCUCUCUGUGGAAUGGCAGCAGCGAUGCCAUUUUACCCAACAGCUUCACUUGGGUCAUGAACAACUUGUUUCCAGUGUCCUCUCCUGCACAUCGCAGCCCUUCCUGCUCGUGGGGGAGCACCACGGCCUGGCCCCUUGGGGCGGCUCCGCGCUGGGCUCUGGAUAGUGGGUACCCAGCUCUGUGGUGGCAGAAGGCUGCCGGCGGUGCCCACGCCGAUUGGCUGCCCCCCUGCUCCCUGCUCCCGCUCACCGAAUCUGGGAACAGCCCGAUUUACAUCCAUUCAUGAAUCCUGACGUCAGCACGCUUCGGUGCUUCUUUGCAGCAGGCUGCAGGGUUGUGUGGGUGGAAUUUCCUUUUAUUUUGCAACACUUCCUUUCCUUUUUUUUUUUCUUUUUUUCUUCUUUUUUUUUUUUUUGCCUUCCAUCUUUUUUAAAACAAGAAAAUGGAGCAUCACAUUGGGAAUCUUCAUCCUUGUACUGGCUCCAUGUGUCACAUCUGAAUUAUGUUGUACUCAUUCUCUAAGUACCAGCUCAGACCAUCUCCUUGAUGCACACUCACUGCAUCAUGGCCAGUACUCAGGAGCGCCUGAGCUUGUCUUCCUCUCCAAACUCGAUCAGUAAAGCUUUCUGUGAAGACAAAGACUUUAGUAGGUUACAUGAUGAACAUGCACCUGCUGGAAACCACCCAUCCCCGGAGCUCAUAGAGGAUGUGCGUGAGAAGGGCUUACUGCAGGCAGACCUCAUUGAAAAUGUGAGCAGCCCGGUCACUGCAGCAGUGCUGACCAGCAUCAGCGAGGACUCUAGGGACCAAUUUGAGAACAGUGUGCUGCAGCUGCGAGAGCAGGAUGAGUCUGAAACAGCCAUUCCUCAGGGCAACAGGAACACUAUGGAUGGAGAGAGCAACAGUGGAGCGGAUGAUGUUAAAGUCCAGUUCAACAGAUCAGGCAGUGGGAGCGGUGGGUUUCUUGAGGGACUUUUUGGUUGUCUGCGGCCUGUGUGGAACAUCAUAGGCAAGGCAUACUCCACAGACUACAAACUGCAACAGCAAGAUACAUGGGAGGUCCCAUUUGAGGAGAUCUCGGAGCUGCAGUGGCUGGGCAGUGGUGCACAGGGAGCUGUCUUCCUGGGCAAAUUCCGGGCGGAGGAGGUGGCCAUCAAGAAAGUGAGAGAUCAGAAUGAAACGGAUAUCAAGCACUUGCGGAAACUCAAACAUCCGAACAUCAUUGCAUUCAAGGGAGUUUGCACUCAAGCCCCAUGCUACUGUAUUAUCAUGGAGUACUGUGCACAUGGACAGCUCUACGAAGUCCUGCGAGCAGGGCGGAAAGUCACCCCUCGGCUGCUUGUGGAUUGGUCCACAGGGAUCGCAAGUGGGAUGAAUUAUCUGCACCUUCACAAAAUCAUCCAUCGAGACCUCAAGUCACCAAAUGUUUUAGUUACACACACAGAUGCAGUAAAAAUUUCAGAUUUUGGUACAUCUAAAGAACUCAGUGAUAAAAGUACCAAAAUGUCUUUUGCGGGAACUGUGGCUUGGAUGGCCCCAGAGGUGAUACGCAAUGAGCCCGUCUCUGAAAAGGUGGAUAUCUGGUCGUUUGGGGUAGUUUUGUGGGAGCUGCUUACAGGAGAGAUACCCUACAAGGAUGUGGACUCUUCGGCCAUCAUUUGGGGUGUGGGCAGCAACAGCCUGCACCUUCCAGUCCCUUCUACCUGCCCAGAUGGUUUCAAAAUCCUCAUGAAGCAGACUUGGCAGAGCAAGCCCCGGAAUCGUCCCUCUUUCCGGCAAACACUGAUGCACCUGGAUAUUGCAUCUGCUGAUGUGCUGGCUACUCCUCAGGAAACCUAUUUCAAAUCGCAGGCUGAAUGGAGAGAAGAAGUGAAGAAACAUUUUGAGAAAAUUAAAAGUGAAGGAACUUGUAUCCACCGGCUAGAUGAAGAAUUGAUUCGUCGUCGAAGAGAAGAGCUGAGACAUGCACUAGAUAUCCGUGAACACUAUGAGAGGAAACUGGAACGAGCCAAUAACUUAUACAUGGAGCUCAGUGCUAUUAUGCUGCAGCUGGAGGUCCGUGAGAAGGAGCUCAUAAAGAGGGAACAAGCAGUAGAAAAGAAAUACCCUGGGACUUAUAAACGCCACCCAGUUAGACCAAUAAUCCACCCCAAUACGGUGGAGAAGCUGAUGAAGAGGAAAGGGGUCUCCCAUAAACCAGGCAGCCAGACUAAACGGCCAGAUCUACUGAAGUCAGAGGGCAUACCCAGCACAGAAGCAGCAUCCAAUGGCUCACCAGUCUCAGGAAGUCCCAAAAUGUCCACGCUGAGUGGCAAAAGCCGCUACCGCAGUAAGCCACGUCACCGCCGAGGGAACAGCAAAGGCAGCUACAAUGAAUUUGCAGGGAUCUUGAAAAACCAGCCAGUGCAAGACGAUGCACCUCCUCCUCCACCUCAUAAUCCUUCUCAUCACUCCAGCCUACCACAGCAACCUGGCCACAGCCAUCCACAUGGCCAUCACUCACGGCUUCAUGCCCACGGACAAGAUAUUGCCAAUUGUGCAAACAACUUAAGGUACUUCGGCCCUGCAGCAGCGCUGCGGAGCCCUCUCAGUAACCAUGCGCAAAGGCGGAUGUCUGGUUCUAGCCCUGACCUCAUCUCUGCUGCCAUGGAAGCAGAUUGCCGAAGGAACCUGGAGAGCAACGAAAGCAAAGCUGAUCAUUGGGAGUGUUGCAAAACAGAUCCAUAUAAUUCCUGUCUAGAGUGCAGGGAAGAGGACAGUGGUCAGGUGCAGAUGUCAUCUGUUGAAACAGGGAUGAGCCAUUCUCAAUCACCAACAUCCGUUUCCCUAUAUGAAAACGCUCAGUUCAUUGAGAAGAUGGAUGAAGAGGGCUUUGACAGCUGUAAGUCAGCAUCUGCCCUAGGUACUCCUCAGCACAUGGCUUCCUCAGUGCUACCUUGCAAACCAAGACCCCUUCAGAAGAGUGGUGAUGACUCUUCAGAAGAGGAAGAGGGCGAAGUAGACAGUGAAGUGGAGUUCCCUCGUAGACAAAGACCUCACCGCUGCAUCAGUAGCUGCCAGUCCUACUCAACCUUCAGCUCGGAGAACUUCUCUGUGUCAGAUGGAGAGGAGGGGAACACAAGUGAUCAUUCAAACAGUCCGGAUGAGGUGGCAGCCAAGCUGGAAGAUGAGCUGGCUGAGAAGCUGGAGGACAUGUUGUCCCAGACUCCAGAGAUCCCCAUUGAAAUCUCUACCCAGUCUGAUGGGCUUUCAGACAAAGAGUGUGCAGUGCGGAGAGUCAAGACUCAGAUGUCUCUGGGCAAACUUUGUGCAGAUGAACACAGCUGUGAGAACCCAGCACAGUUUGGAGAAUCAGACUGUGACUCUUCUGAAGGGGAGUGUUCUGAUGCCACAGUCAGGACCAAUAAGCCCUGCAGCUCUGCUACUUGGAAGAGAAGAUGCUUCUCCUUCCCACCCCAGGAGUGAUUUGCAAUAACCCGAAUCUCUGGAAAAUGUCCAAAUGAAAUUAAUUCUCUUUGAGCAUUUCAAUCAAGAAUGGCAGGGAUGUAUUUUAUUGAAUAAUCUAGUUACUGUAACAUGGAUAUUUAUUUUUUUGACAUUUUAACACUUUUUACUGUAAAGAGUGGAUUGUAUUUAUAGACACACAGACUUGUUGCAAAAAAAUUAAGUUCAGAAAGCAAGCACAUUACAGAGAAACAUCCUGGGAGUCCUGCCUGGACAGCUAUGUGUACAGACGUGAGGGGCUUCUCUUGCUGCUUUCACAGGGGACCAGGCCUCAUGGCCCUGAAGAUUGGAGAACAGAUCAAGAAAACUAAACCACUCAGUCUUACCAAAUGAGGAAGCAUAAAAAGACCUUAGUAUAGGGUAACCUGUGAACAAAGCGUAUUCAGUAUAACCAGCUGGGUCAUUUUUAAUCAGAAGGUUGGACGUGUUCCUGGAGAAUAUUGGUACCGAGGUGCUAACUUCCAGGAUCUUCUGAGUUGAUACAUCCCCAGGAAUGUAAUAGUGGGUUUUAUUUUAAAGAUUUUUAGUUUCUUUUUUUAAUCAGCAUUUUGUUGUGAGACCCUGCAAAUGUAUUCUAACCUCGUCCUCUCGAGAAUUGGUAUAAGAGCACUUCUUAACAUCGUCCUUGCUUCACUCUGGCAAUGUCGAUCUCCAGUUGAGCAGGGAAACCUCUUUCAGAUGCAGUGUGCCAUUUCCCAGUUUACUUCCUUCUCUUACCUCCUGUCUGUUUCAGUCAGUCAAAAUAAUCAAUCAAAUCAGUGUUGGAAAAGCAAGAACUUGCAAACCGUGGAAAGCACAUUCUGCAGAGCCUGAGCACUCUUCUGGGGAGGAAACUGGAGAUGCCUGUGCUGGACUUGGAGAAGCAGUCUCUCACCUACAACAGCAUCAAUAACCAGCAGAGAGCUGUGCGUUGAGGGGGAAGACUGGGAAUCACUGGCCUAGGUUAAGAGCAUCAGCCCUGCUCUGUCUCCUUAUUCACUGUACAUUCUUGAAAGCAUUAACAGCUGCCUGCCCUUCAUGUCAGGCUUUGUGCAAAACGGGUUGCACAGGGAAUCUCCAUGGUAGCUGUGUCACAGCUGUGUCUCAGGUGUACCCUGAGGCCUCUGUUUCUCCUUUAAGCUGAAACUCUGCAGGUGAAAGUGAGAAUAGUACUGCUAUGUGACAGGCCGAGGCAUUGGCAGAUGAGAAAAAUUUGUUUUCUGAUAGAACUCAUAGUGCCUUCCCUUCAAACACUACUCUUCUAAAACAAUAUUUAAAGAGAACAAAACGAUAGAGCACGAUUCCCCCCCUACCCCUUUAGCUGAUGUUGCCCUGCAAGAGCUUUCACUCUGCCCUUCCUAGCGUGCUGGGUGCUGCUCUGCAGACUGGCACACCAGCCUGAGCUGAACGGCAGGAAUGGACCAUGGACAGGUACUUUUGUUGCUUUGUUUGUUUACAUUUUAUGUUAAAAUACUGGUUUGAAUUUAACUGUGGUAAUUUAUAGCCUCAUGGCAAAGUGAAGGAAAAUGUCUUACUUAUACAGAGAGCAGUAUUGUAUGAGUUUAAAUUAUCCCAUAUUUUUAAAUUUUUGUAGCUGGACUACACACAGAUCUUAAGUUAUGAUGUUAUUUUAUUAUUUAUUAUCAUUUCUGUAGAUCAGAAGGUUGGCUUCACUGCUAGCACAAUUGUAAUCUGUUUGUGUGAUGUUACCUUCUCCCUGGUAGCUGGGGGGGAAUGGGAGCAGAGCUGGUCUCAGCAGCUGUCAGUAGUGGCUGCCUCUCGUGGUUUCUAAGGAUGCUGUUACACCGGGCCAGAGAACCUGUCAAGGCUGUUCUGAGAGGUGGAUGCAGUCAGCCUCAUGGUACUCCUCGUGGUUAAUGCUGCAAUGUGCUCAUUUUGCUGGUAGAGUUGACAGCUCCUGAUCUCAUGGGGAAUGGUGAUCAGGGAGUGAGUGGCUUCUGAACUGGUCACAAAAUGAACAAGAUCCCUGGCAAGAGCACUCAAAAGGACAAGCAGAGAGGAGGGCAGUUGCUCUGGGCAGCAGGUACGAGAUUGGGGUGGCCAGCAGUGGAUCCACAUGGUGGAUUAUCCGUGUCGGACCAAAGAGGUUGCUGGAGAGGGAGCAACCAGCUCAUACCUGCGUGCAGCAGCAAUACUCAGCUCUGGGUGGAAGCAGAAUGCCAUUGGGGAGUGAAGCUCUUUCCUGGCUUGUUUCUUGUUUCCUCACUCUUCUCAUCCCUCAUUUCUCCCCCAGAUGUUCUCUGUUUAUUGGCCAGCGGCAGGAGGAGGUGGAAGGCUUAGCUGUCAUGGUGUGUGUGUGAUUUUGGUGUGGAAUAGGUGGUGCAGAUGGUCACUCAGGAGGCUAGAGGCCGGGGUGCAGGAAUUUAGCAAUGGAGAACUGUGUGCACUUAACCUACGCACACAAAGAGAGAGACUGAACAAUUGCAUACAGAGGUUGAGAACUGCCAUCAAAUGUCCCCCACAGCAGAAGAUGCCAGACCUUAUGCCCCUGGAGACACUCUGCUGCUCAGAUUUGACAGGCUUCUUGAGCUCCAGCAGGCAGGGCUAUUCCCAGCCGGGGCAGCACUGGUGUCCUAGGGCAGCCUUACAGCCAAAGGAGAGCUGCCUCCAGCUCAGGCCUGUCAGAGUCUCUGUGCAGGGACUUGUCUGCAAUGAUUCAGUCCCUAACAAAGAUCCCAGAGGGGUUUUGGUAGCUGUGGUCUCUGCUUAGCCCUCUUCCACCAUAUAAUGAAAUUCCUCUGGGCGUGCAGAGAAACUUUGAUGUGUGGGAUUUUGGGACCCUUCUGGGCCAGGUGGUCCCAGGUGUGUGCUGAUUCCUCCCCAUCCUUGCCUGGGGACACUGGCCCAUUCUGCAGCCCGGAAAAGCAGAGCUGAACCCUUCAGGUUAUCUGCUGCCACACUUAGCUCUAGUUUCUUUACAUGCCCCAGUCAUUGCGUUGUUGCAGUCCAGUGUCGCUCAUCCCAACUGCUGCCUACUAUGCAGUGUCCCUUUGGGACUGCCACUAGGGCAUCCCCCCCUUGCCUAAACACAUAACACUGUACCCAUGGAGACGUAAUCCCAGGCUCCCGCUGCGCACAUCCCAUGCCCUUGGCUGUGUGCAGGCAGGAGUGGCUGAGCAUUCCCCUGCAUUCUUGGCAGUUUUUCAGGGGGUUAUAUAGGCAUUUUCCUUAAUGAAACCUCCCUAGAUCUGCACAUAGACAUGAUCUCCAUGUUGCUGUAUGGGCACUUCUGCUGCGGUUCCUCACAUGUUCUCCCCUAGCAGGGUAUGGGGCUGAGAGGUGUAAGUCAGCCUGCUUUCUCCUCUCAGCAACACUGUAUUUGCAGGGCAGAAGUAAACUGUAGGUUCCUUUUUCAGCAUCCUGACUACCCUGAUCCAGUUCUCACGGCUGCUGACAGCUCCUGAACACUAGCCUAGAUUUUCUCUCAGAGCUGAAUGUUGCGUUCCCCACUGUCGUGUUCUAAGUAACCAUUUCAUCUUGGCCCUGUCCAGUAGUGUUCAUCUCCCUCCUCCCUGCUCUGUGGAUUCCUGAUACAAACUUGACUUUUUUUUUUUUUUGUAUUGAACAGUGUACAGUGAUGGAAACAAGAAUGACUAUCAAAGCAAACAAUGCAUGGAAUAAAAAGCCAGUGUACUUCAA